UAUUUAAACCGGUGGAGGCGUGAUCGCGGAGAAUGAGACUGAGGGGAGCUGCCACGGUUUGGAGGACAAGGCUGAGUUUAGGCUGGAAACUAACAGACUAGAUUUCCCCCCUCCUCCCCCUUUUUUAUCCCCCCCCCCGCUUUGUUCCUUGUCAUUUUUUGGCACAACUUCCGUAGUUUCCAGUCCGCUCCGUUCAGUUUCGCUCUAUGGACAGAUCAGCUAACCUGGACACGGAGGAGCUCAAGGUCCAAUUUUUCAAACCCAGAGACUGGAAGUUCAGUUUACUCUGUGGCUGGAAAGAAGCCCUACUCUGUCCUAUGACACGAGAGCAGUAUAUAUUAGCAACACAACAGAACAGCCUUCCAAGGACUGAACAUCCUCAGUUUUACCCAGUAGGGAUUUAUGGAUGGCGAAAGAGGUGCUUAUACUUCUUUGUCCUUCUGCUGUUGGUUACCAUGAUUGUUAAUUUAGCAAUGACAAUAUGGAUUUUGAAGGUUAUGAAUUUCACAGUGGAUGGAAUGGGAAAUUUGAGAGUCACUAAAAAAGGAAUACGACUUGAAGGAAUAUCUGAAUUUCUACUUCCACUAUAUGUGAAAGAAAUCCAUUCCCGAAAGGAUAGUCCACUGGUCUUACAGUCUGACAGAAAUGUAACAGUGAAUGCAAGAAAUCACAUGGGACAGUUAACUGGACAACUGACAGUAGGGGCUGAUGCUGUGGAAGCUCAGUGUAAGAGGUUUGAAGUGAGAGCAAGUGACAGUGGAAGAGUAUUGUUUUCUGCAGAUGAAGAUGAGAUUGUCAUUGGAGCUGACAGACUGAAAGUAACAGGCACGGAAGGGGCAGUGUUUGGGCACUCUGUGGAGACACCCCAUAUCAGAGCAGAACCUUCCCAAGACCUCAAACUUGAAUCUCCUACUAGAUCUUUGGUGAUGGAAGCACCCAGGGGAGUGCAAGUCAACGCAGCUGCAGGAGACUUAAAGGCUACCUGUAGGAAAGAACUGCACUUACAGUCUACAGAAGGGGAGAUAUUUUUAAACGCAGAUACAAUCCGCCUUGGAAAUCUACCAGUGGGGUCCUUUUCAUCCUCCUCCUCCUCCUUCUCCUCCUCUUCCUCACCCAGCUCUUCAGCUCCUCGCCAGACUAUCUAUGAGCUCUGCGCCUGUCCCAAUGGUAAACUUUACCUGUCCCCAGCAGGAGCAGGCUCCACAUGUCAAUCCAGUAGCAACAUCUGCUUGUGGAGCUAGAAUGACUCCGUUUUAUCCUCACACCAGAAUAGCCUUUUGUUACUAUCCCUCUGCUUCACAGUUCAGUUCGGUUUCCCUUGUGACAAGCCCGACGCUCCAAACGGCCUGCAGAGCAACUUCUUCCACUGUAAGCAGGAGUACAGCGCUGCCUUCUCUUGUGGUUUGUGCUGCCACUCAGCACAGAGAUGGGAGAGAGAGAUCCAGAAAACAAUGUAUUCUUCAUCAGGAAACCUAGAACAUAAGAUCACCUUAUUUUCCAAAAGGGACAAUAACACAGGUGCCUUUGCUACUUGAAGUGAAGCACAUAGUUUUAGAUUUUUGCAGGACCUGGAUAUGAACUGCACAUAAAUAUAUAAUUAGAGAGACAGAGAGAGAGAGUACAUUAAUUUACCCAGAAUCUGAUGGUGAAAUGAAUUGGUUCCCCCUGUAUGAUAAAUAACUUUACUGUCUGAAAGCACAAUUUUCCAUUCAUCUUUUUGGAAGUAAACUUUUAUCCCUGAAUUUUAAAAUUUUAAAGCAUUGUGUGAUGCUUGCUUUACUAAACAAAUUCAGUAAAUGGUUUUUAAUACAAAAAGAGACAGAAUUCCUCCCUGAGUUUGGUUUCUUUAAAAAUGUGUUGUUACUAUUUGUCUACUAAGUCUAGGGUUUUGUACACUAGGUAAAUUUUGGAAAUGCUCAGCAAUAUUCCUUUAAAAGUUAAAAAGACAUGCUCUUGUUUGUCAGAUCUGAAUGACCUUAUAUAAUAUUUUCGUGGCCAUUGCAUGUGAAGCGAUUGCUUUAAGUAGAACAUGCAGUUUCUGGAAAAGACAAGCAGGGUAAAAAAGGAAAUUCUGAUGAUAUGUUUGUUGAUCAGUGUAUUGCUCUUCACAAGGUUCUUAUAAUUGGCAAAUACAAAACCAAGGGAGAAAUCUUCAAAGGUGCAUCUUGCCCAUUUUCUGACUAAGUCUAUCUGUUACCACUUGAACACAGUGCAAACAUUGGUAGUAAUGCAACGUGUGAUGCUGAAAAGCAGUGCACUAACAACUUGUUUGACAUUCACAUUUAUUAUUCUCUUUUGUUUACCAUUUGUUGCUGAGGUUUCAAAGUAAUAGUAGUAUAUAUAAAACCACAUAUUAAAUGACAUUUGGUAUUAAAAAGUACGUCAACAUUACUUUUACCUUGGUUAAAUUAUGCAGCCACAGUUGCACUCAGAUUUCACUACUGACUUUCUUUUUUGACAAGUUUCAUGUGGGAUUUCUUUCUUGUGUCAAUGUUCAUACUUAUUUGGCUUGAUUGUUAAUUGAAAUCUUAUAAAAAUGCUUUGUUAUGCUGCUGGUAAAUUUGUCACAGCAUUGAUUAACAAGAGUAUCUUGAAACUUGCAGAACCCAGGAAAGUAAAACAAUAUAAAAAUGCUUCCUAUUGUGGAAGAUGGCUUGAUUGUGUGAGGUAAGUGUGCUUUUUAAUUCUAUUCUUUAAGUUACAUCACUUAGCUUGUAUUUUUAGAGACUUCAGAAUCUAAGAUCACCAAUGAAAUGAGAGCUUUUGCAAAGAAAUUCUAAAGCCGGGGGAGAUGGUGCAAGGUGGGUAUUUCUACACACUUUUUAAAAAAAAUAUAUUUUUAGAGGAAAAAAAAUUGAAAAUGAGCAAACUAGUAUGGUGAUUGCCUUGGCAUCUUAUUACCACCUAAUAAGAUUGACUUUGUUUUCACUUCAGGUGAAAUUCACUCCUAUGCAGAAGACCAGCACAAGACGUGUCAACGGCUUGACUGGUGCUUGCCUUACCAUUGGCCCUCUUCAGAGGUGUGAAUUUUACCCCAUAGCAAGAAUUCUGUAUUUGCUGGUUUUAACAGUUAAAUGAAGAUUUUGAAUUGGUUAUUGUAUGUCUUCAAAAGAAGGCUGUUAACAGCUGACUUGUUGUCUAUUUGGGAUUUUUCUUCUUUGAAGGAAAUUAUACUAGAAAAUAUUGCAAGAAAAUAUAAUAGAAGAUGAGGAUUUUUCAGAUAGUAAGAGGGGCAAAAAGUAUUGCAGAUGACAAAGAAGGUGACAAUAAAACAGGAAAAAGUGUAGCCAUCAAAUACACUCUUAUAACUGUAGGGAUAUAGAUGUCUUUUUCUUAUGCACGCAAGUAAUUGAAUGGUGAAGGGACAUUCAUGAAUUUCAGGAGAAAAAGUAUAAAGAUAUGUUUGAGGACAUCUAUGUGUAUUCAUUAUCUGUGCACACCUACAUACACCUGUUGCUUAAAAGAUGAACAAAUAUAGUGACUAAUCUAUUUGCUAAAUUAAAAUGGGGCUUCCUACAAAUUGUAUACAUGUAAGCUAAGGAGUUUUAUUUCUCCUCAAAUAAACCUUCAGGAUGACUUGCAUAUACUUUGUCAUGAAUCUUCCACUGAAAAAUUCCUAUUUGUUUGUUCUUCAUUUUCUGAGAUUAUUUAGCUGUUAUUUGUUCACUGGAUGGAAGGACCCAACCUUAAUAAAUUUUACACCAACUUGCUUGGGAAUAGGCAGGUUGGAAGAAAACCCUUUUGUUACUAGAUUAAUUUUAACAGACAGACAGAAAUAAUUUGCCACUUUGUGUGGAGAGAACUCAGAAGAGAUAUGUGGGUAGUACACAGGAGUCCAAAAAACCAACCCAGUGAGUUCACGUGGCUCUGCACUGUCAGGAUAUUCUUUAUUGGAGUCCUGUCAGUAUGAAGUUGAGCAUAUUUAAGAGCUUCGACAACCUAUGAGAUAGAAUAACAAGUUCUCAUAAAGUCUUAAUAUUCUGGUGAAUUUCAUAAUAUUGAUGUCUUUAAAUCCAUUGAAAACUGUAAGAAGGGAGGAAAAAAGUUUGUAUUUUAAAAAGUAUUUCUAGCCCACAUGAUUUCAAGGAGUAUUUGAAAAGUGAUUUCAAUGCAUUAACCAUACUAAAAAAUUAAGAUGCUAUCCUUAUGACAGCAACAAAAUAUCUGCAAAGAUCUCAUUGGCUUCAUGUAUUUAAUAUAUACAAUAGAUUUAUCUCCUGUAAAAAAACUCUUGUGCCGUAUUAUCAGAUGCUGUCUCUUUCUUGUUAAUAAAAGAGAAAAAAAAGAAUAAAAACGAAGAGAAAAGUAAAAGCAUCAGCCAACCUCUCUGAGCACUGUCAGCUGUAUGGUUUGUAUCGCAGUUCAUUCAUUGGUUAAGUGUUAAGACCAAAGACAGACACUUCUAUUAUAUCCAACAAUAUGACACUGCUGUUCCUACUAAUUCUGUUGGAAUGAAGAGAUGAAAAGUUGUAAUUACAACAUUAAAUGUAACAUAGUUUAGAUUUGUGCAGCAUUUUGAGCUGUAGAUUUUCACUUUUUUCCAGGGUUUAAAUUUUUUGUCACUGUCUUGCAAUUACAUUACUAUUCAUGCAUACGGAGGGUCUUUUGGUGUUCCUAAGAAAGCAUGCCAAGACAUUGCUUCUUUGAAAUGAAGUUAUGCUGGUUUGCUUGCAAAAUUGGCUUGACUGGAUAAAAGAAUUCACUUUCAAGCAUUUUAGAUGCAGAGGGUUAUUAAGUCUGGAAGAUAGAGCCAUAAAUGUCUAGAAGGAUUUAAUGAAGGAUGUUUGAAAUAUUUGGUGUCUAACAUAAUGUACCUUUUCUUUGGGGGGG